UAUUCUGCACGCACACGCACACACGCACGCACACACACAUACACGCACACACACACACACACACACACACACACACACAGAUACAUACGAAUAAAUACACACAAGGUAUUUAAUAUAACACACAGUAUUGCGGGAUGCGUCUGGUGUAAAGUUCUCGCGCUUGUCUGGACUCUCUGCGCUUUACCUGUCUCACAGCACGCAGUCCGAGCUCGCGCACAGGUGAGACGGAGGAUGCGCGCCGCCGCCGAAGCGGACAGACUGUCUAAUGAACUCAGCAGCGCGGCGGCGACCGGACACACGGAGCGCGCUGAACUCCUGCUGCAGGCUGGAGCUGAGGUGAACCGCGCAAACCGCUUCAGGAGAAAACCUGUACAGGUGAUGAUGAUGGGUAGUGAGCACAUGGCCAGGCUCCUGCUAUCACAUGGUGCGAACCCGAAUGUGGUGGAUGUGAGUACGGGAGCGACGCCGCUGCACGAUGCCGCACGCGAGGGUUUCCUCAAAACUGUAGAGCUGUUAGUCAGAGCUGGAGCUGACGUCACUGCACUGGACUACAGGGGGUGGAGCCCUGCCCAGCACGCACUGCAGGCUGGCCACGCCCACAUCGCCAAGUACUUACACACCCUCUAAUCUUUCACCGCUCACACACACACACACACACACACAAUAUAUAUUCACUGCUGUUCCAAUGAUUUAUCAACCUUUAAUAACAUUUAAUAAUGUUUAUAAAUGCCUUAUACACAUGAUGACACUGACACUGAGACACUUUACAUCUUUUUUCUACUUUAAUAAACUUUACUCAUGUGUAUGUUUAAUAUUAAGCUGUACCAUAGAUCUGAUUAUUAAUGUUUCUGUGCUGGAACACUGAAAUAUGAAUUACUAAAUUAAAAUUAAUAAAAUGUGACAGUGUUUAAAUAAAUACACAAAUAACAAUCUAAAUAUAA